UUUAGGCCUAAUAACUGUCGGCGAGGAAAGUCGGCAAAUGGCCAGUGGAGAGACGGCGAGAAACCUCCCGAAAAAGGCGCACAAGUCAAAGCAAAUUAAAAUAAGAAUCACGACAGGUUACCAUGCAAUCCCCCAAUCGAACCCGGGAGGACUUCAGCUCCAUUCGGAACAAACACGAAACGCCGCCAGAAAAGUUCAAGUCGGCUGGUGAAAGAAAUUUACAAGUGUUAAAUGUCGAACGCUUUUUGGCACUGAGGGGAAAUGCGUGCUGGCCGGCUUUCGACACGAAGGCAACGCGGAAACGGUGGACAAAUAAAACCCAGUUGAACAGUAUAAGAUCGGUGUAUCUUUGAAGAGUGAAAUGAAAAGGAUUAUAAU